CAAAUUUAAUCUUCAAUCUUUAGUUUUCAAUGCUCGAUGUAAAGACGUACCAAAUUACACACAAAACGAACCAUGAAAGAACAGACCUGCGGAAUAUUGCUGUGUAAUAUUGCUAUACUGCGCAUAAUCAAAGUUUCAUUCGAACUUGUGUUUUUUUCAACAUCUGACCGGAUUGUGUUGUAACCUUCAGGGAUUUCGACUUUGGCAUUAAUUCGAUAGAGAUCUGUCUGGUGAUCUAGAAACACUCGAGAUGGUUUCAAUAAAAUGGAUAAUGAUAUAUGGUUCGCUAGUGCCAUUUUUUGCAAUGAUCUCUGUGCUCUACAUUCUCGGAGUCGCAAGAUACGUCACCGAUUUUGAAGAGAAUACAUGCGAGAUGACAUACAUGUUCGAAUAUCCGCAAUAUGUGAGAAUAUUUUUAAACGAGCAUAUAGAAGAGAAAUAUCCGCGAUAUGAACUAUAUGCCUAUGGAGAAGGUUUUGUGACAGAAAAAUUGAGGAGAAAACACUUUACUGGAAUACCAGUUCUUUUCAUACCGGGCAAUGCUGGAUCUCCUGAACAAGUACGUUCCAUUGCUUCAGUAAGUAUAAGGAAAAGCAAAAAGACUCCUUUCAGCUUUGACUUCUUCACUGUUUCUUUCAACAAGGAUUAUUCUGCAUUGUAUGGAGGUGUGCUUAUGGACCAGACUACGUAUGUUGCACAUUGUAUAAAGACAAUAUUAGCUCUGUAUCAUGGUAAGGUGGAUAAUGUUGUGCUGAUUGGUCAUUCUAUGGGUGGAGUCAUAGCGAAAGGAGCUCUCUUAUUAGCGCCAAAUAUGAAUGCUUCAUUUGCAAGUAUUAUAAUAAAUUUAGCUACACCACAUACUCCAGCCUUAGUUCUCGAUAAUGUCUUCGCCAAUUAUUAUAAGGAAUUGGAGAAACAUUUGUACAAACUUAAGGAUGCAGGAGUGAAAGUAAUAUCAAUCGGAGGUGGACCGCGUGACAUACUCGUAACCGCCGCACAAACUUACGAUCAUACAGCAGAUAUAAAUGUUCUUUCUACAAGUGUACCAACUGUUUGGAAAUCUACAGAUCAUUUAAGUAUUUUAUGGUGUAAGCAACUGGUACUUGUAAUCGUACGUGCACUAUUUGAUGCUGUUGAUCAUGUGAAAAAACCAUUUAAAAUUACAUCGAGUCCUGAUUUAAAAAUGCAGGCCCUAUCUUAUCACUUCUUACAACAUAGUUCAGGCAAGAAGUUGUAUCAUUAUAAGGAAAAAGUUCAGUUUGAAAACAAUAGCGAAUGGAUAAACAUUCCAUCUCGACAGUAUGUCUGGAACAAGAAGAAUGGAUCUAAAAAAUUUUCUACCAUAUAUCUCGUAGUAGAAUUAUUUGACAAAUCCGAUUCUCUAACUAUUGAUGUAAUAAACUUGGAAAACAAGGAUUGGCUGUUUAUGUGUAAAAAAUCCAUGAAACAAGAUAAAAGAAUUUGUGAGUGGGGUUGGAAUUUGACGAAUAACACGAGAAUUUUAAUCGAUCCUUUACAUCGUCCAAGAAAAGCCGUUGAUUUAGAUUUGAAAGAAAUAAGUUAUCUUGGUAUGACGCAUAUCAUCGUAAGGAUAACUCCAGAAGAUUUGAAUAGACAUCUUGCAGUCAGCUUUGAUUCCUAUUAUUAUAAGAAUCGGGUUGAAUCUUUAAAAAAUAAAAUCUUUCAUCCUAAAUAUCUUUUCGGUUUCUAUGGAUCUAACUUGAUUGAAACUGUCAAGGGAAAUAUAAGAUAUUAUGUAACGCUUCCUAACAUUAUGGAUGUAGUUACAAUUGAAAUGAAAUCGACGGAUUGUGUCAAGCAUUAUGCUGUUGUUGAAUUGCUCGAAUCGUGGAGUGCAGGAUCGACCCAAUCGAGAUUUUUCAUGAAUAUGGAUGAUGGUCCAAAAUCGAUAAAAAUGCAAACUCUCUACGGACGUCGCAACGAAACGGCAAAUUUAAGAGUAACAUUAGAUCCAGAAUGUAGUUACGCGAUUAAUAUUCAACCUGGAGGAAUCAUCGAUAAGAUCUCUUGUAGAAUACGGGAUCGUUGGCCGUUGCUUUACAUGACAAUUAUCAGCUUACUUUUACUGUUUAUCUCUAUAAGGAUACGUAGUACAGACAAGCUACAGGCAGUAAUUGUUACUAUAAUAUUAUCUUUUGUUUUCAAUAUUACUUAUGAAGCUUGCAUUGCUUUAUGUAUUAUCAGCAUAUCUGCCAUUGCUGUAUGCUCUUGUGUCAUAUUUCUGGGUUCUGUCGCACAUGGAAUAGCUGUCAAAUUUUUAGCACGUGCAAUAACUUUCUCAACAACAUGGUCAGAUUGGUUAUUGAAUGGUCUAAAUCAACUGCCGUUUAUCACAACUAUUCUCGUAUUAUCCCUAAUUCCAGCAACAUGCGGAGCUCUGGCUAUGGUCGUUUCAGUAUUUCUAUAUUUUUUGAAAUUAACAAGGAUGUAUGAAGAUUAUUUGGAGGAGAUAUUAAUGACCUCGCUUCAGCAUUUCGAUUGGUUUAAACGUUUCAAGAAUAUAAGAGAAGAAAACACUAAAAGCCCCUGUCAAGAAAUAUAUAAUCAUCUUAUCUUGUUCCUAUUGUGGACUUUUACUGCAAUCCCAGCAAUUCCAGCUGUCUUAGUUUGGGCAAAAAAUUUCAGCUACGACAUGAGACUCACUUCAGAAGACCCUGUAUUUCUAACAAGUUGGAUAGUACUAACUGCGUGUAGUACAUUGGGUAUUGUACAUAUCUAUCCUACAGAUGACGGAACUCGUUCGCUUAUAUUAAGCAGCAUAUUACGUCUUACCAGUUGGGUCGUUCUUUCCAUGACAGGAGCUCCGCGUCCAUUCUUUUAUCAUUGGUAUAUGCCACCUAUUACGGCCACAAUAGUAGCAAUCCUCACACUAAAUACUGUAAUUCCUAAAAACCUAUCUUAAAAGGUAAUAAUUUGCAGAAAUAUUAUAUUUAUGCAAUUCUUCUCACCAUCCAUCAAUAAUUUUGUAUAAAACAAUUUGAAUCAUGCCAUCAUAGCCAUGACUGUUAUUUAAAAUUU